AUGCGUCAAUCAAUGUACUGUCGACAACAGCAACGUAAUGUUGGAGAACAUAUACAUACAUAUAUUCAUACGAAAGAGAAUAAGUUAAGUUGUUUACUACAACACUCCGUUUCAUCACCGAAACCACAUUUCUGGGGUCCAGUUGCUAACUGGGGUUUACCAUUGGCUGCUAUUGCUGAUUUGAAAAAAGAUCCAGAAAUUAUCAGUCCAAAAAUGACUGUUGCCUUAUGUUUUUAUUCAAUGUUAUUCAUGCGUUUUGCACUCCAAGUUAAGCCUAAAAAUCGACUUUUAUUUGCUUGUCAUUUUGCAAAUGAAUGUGCACAACUUGUGCAAUUAGCACGUUUUAUUAAUCACAAGUAUGGAACGCCCCAACCCAUGAAACAGUAUCAGGUGCCAGCUUCUGCAACAAAACCUACAGGAACAGGAACAUCAGCACCCAUUCAACCCGUCCGUUCAGCCUAG